UUUUUGUCUCUCAAGGCUGAAGGUUCUCAAUAUGUGUCGGAUCUAACGUCUCAACCGGACAAAAAAGAGGGAUUCCAGGCAUCUCUGGUGGAUGUGGACACCUAAACUGUCUGUGGACAUGGAAAAAAUAGCACAUUUAUCCGUUUCUUUCCUUUUGGUUUUAUGGGGAUGCGCGCUUGGAGGCUCGCCCAGCGUUCAGAUUGGGGGACUUUUUCCAAGGGGCGCGGAUCAAGAAUACAGCGCGUUUCGGAUAGGAAUGGUUCAGUUUGGCACCUCGGAAUUCAGACUGACGCCUCACAUCGACAAUCUGGAGGUGGCCAACAGUUUUGCAGUUACAAAUUGYUUCUGUUCACAGUUUUCCAGAGGAGUCUACGCCAUCUUUGGAUUCUACGACAAGAAGUCUGUUAACACCAUCACAUCAUUCUGUGGAACGCUGCACGUCUCCUUCAUAACGCCCAGCUUCCCUCUGGAUGGGAAUCAGCAGUUCAUUAUCCAGAUGCGACCUGAUAUCAAGGGGCCUCUCCUCAAGCUCAUCGAUUACUACAAGUGGGAAAAGUUUGCCUAUUUGUACGACAGCGAUCGAGGCCUCACAACACUGCAGGUUGUUCUGGAUACAGCAGCAGAGAAAAAGUGGCAGGUGACAGCCAUCAAUGUGGGCAACCUGAAAGACGAGAGGAAGGACGAAGCCUAUCGUUCACUCUUCCAAGACCUGGAGAACAAAAAGGAGCGACGGGUCAUCCUGGACUGUGAGCAGGACAAAGUGAAAGACAUCAUGGAUCAGGUCAUCACAAUUGGUCGACACGUUAAAGGUUAUCACUACAUUAUUGCCAACUUGGGUUUUAUCGAUGGAGAUCUAUCCAAAAUUCAGUAUGGGGGAGCUAACGUUUCAGGCUUCCAGAUUGUUGAUUUUGACAAUCCUUUGGUGUCAAAAUUUGAUCAAAGAUGGGAGGCACUGGAAGAAAAGGAGUAUCCUGGUGCUGACAGCAAAAUAAGGUACACCUCAGCGCUGACCUACGAUGCUGUGCARGUGAUGACCGAAGCCUUUCGAUACCUGCACAAACAGCGCAUCGACUUCACCAGAAGAGCUAACACUGGUGACUGCCUGGCYAAUCCUGCUGUCCCGUGGGCUCAAGGGGUGGAGAUUGAGCGAGCACUGAAACAGGUGCGUGUGGAAGGCCUAACAGGAAAUAUUCAAUUUGAUCARCAUGGGAAGAGAGUAAAUUACUCCGUGAAUAUAAUGGAAUUAAACAGCAAUGGUCCAGUAAAGAUUGGAUACUGGAACGAAGCCGACAAACUGGUUCUCACCAAUAAUGGCGACUCAAAYGGCUCAUCGUCAUCAAUGGAAAACAGAACAUAUAUUGUGACCACCAUCUUGGAAGCUCCAUAUGUGAUGCUUAAAAAGAAUUACGAUCAGUUUACGGACAAUGAACGCUAUGAGGGUUACUGUGUGGAUCUGGCAGCAGAGAUAGCGAAGCACUGUCACAACUUCAACUACCAGCUGAAAAUAGUGGGGGAUGGGAAGUAUGGAGCCAGAGACGCAGAGACCAAAAUCUGGAACGGAAUGGUGGGAGAGCUGGUUUAUUCGAAAGCAGAUAUCGCAGUGGCCCCUUUGACCAUCACAUUGGUACGAGAGGAGGUGAUCGACUUCUCUAAACCCUUCAUGUCACUGGGAAUCUCCAUCAUGAUCAAGAAGCCACAGAAAUCCAAACCUGGAGUGUUUUCUUUCCUGGACCCGCUGGCCUAUGAGAUCUGGAUGUGCAUUGUUUUCGCCUACAUCGGCGUCAGCGUGGUGCUGUUCCUCGUCAGCCGCUUCAGCCCCUAUGAGUGGCACACCGAGGAGUACGAAGACGGGCAGAUCCAGACCAAUGAAUCGACUAACGAGUUUGGCAUAUUCAACAGCCUGUGGUUCUCCCUUGGAGCCUUCAUGAGGCAAGGAUGUGACAUCUCGCCUAG